AUGGCCAGCGUCCGCAUUGACUACCGUGUCGAGGAGCUCUUACAGGAGCUUGAAGAUGCGCGAUCCGACCUUCUCAACGCUGUCAUGUGCGACAAUGACCAAGACACGAUGCAUCUGUGGAAGGAGCUCUCUCGCAAUGCUGAGACGCGGAAGGAGCUGCAGCGAAUUCUGAGACUCCGCAGACGCAAUAGACUAGCCGCGGAUGAUGCGCGAUGCAAGCGGAUUGUGUUGGCGUUCGACCUGGGGCCUGGGACGUGGUACGUGUACCGGCCUCCUGUCAGCGACUGGCCGGCUCUGCGAAGAUUGGCCAACCCCAACGAAACUGUCGAGUUCCGAGAUGUUGACUGGGAGAAGCCGCCAAGCUGUGCCCCUGAAGAUGGCUUGUUCAGUCCAUACGACGUCACCAUCACCACUACCAUCAACCAAUACAUCAAAUCCUUCAACCCCUUUCCCCCAGACACCAACACCCCCUCCCUCGAAUCCAUACAUUCCCUCACCACCCCGGACUUCCUCAUCUCCUACGGCCACUUAGCCUUCAUAGCCUCCCAACCCCCACUCCAAGAACCCCAGACCAGAGACGUCUGGAUGACCGACUGGCAUAGCAUCACCCAGAACUUCGACACCUGGACAACCGUGCUGAUGAAUCUGUUCGUGGACGUGAAGAGGCGGAGCGCUGUGGCGAGGUCUACGUAUACGUUGAUCAAGGGAGAGAUGAAAGUGGUGAAUGAUAUGGUGCAGUUUGUGAGGAUGGAUGAGAGGGGGGAGGGGGUGAGGGGGAUUGUGGAGUUUAAUGAUGCGAGGUGUUUUGAUGAGUUUGAGAGAGUGAUUAAAGGGGGGAAGGGGGAGUGCGGGGUGUGGAGGAGUAGGUUGGUAGAUGGAUGA